CGAACGGUUGACGAACCAGCUAUCAGUGCCAAUGGCUCCCGGUGGUCUUGGAGGCGGUGGUGCGGUAUGCUCAGAGCACGUUACGCGGCAUUGAUGACGACAGUGGGGAUUGGCUUGCGGGGAAGGAGUGUGUUUCAAAUGGUGGCAAAGUCCCCAGUGCUCUUCUUUUACAAAUCCAUCCUCCCUCGGAGUCUGACAUUGAUGACAAUUGAUUGAUCGACCCUGCUUGUGUUUUACAUUGAGCCUUUUCUUUCUCCGACGCACAAAAGCUUGCAACAAACACGAGAUACGAAUGACUGCAUGCGCAUACAUACAUACAUAACCACCUGCUUGACUGUGUCCUCCCCGCCUCCACCAUCCAAUCGUAGCUCUUCCGGGUCUAACCUGCAUACAUAGUAGCCUCCCCGGCUCACCAUGCACGUAAGCAACACCCUCCUUCUGGUGCUCCACCACCACAUCCUGUGGGCGGGCCUGGUUCGAGCUCAGACUUCAUCUUCUGCCACAUCCACAGCGACGCCGUGUGCGAGUACAAUCGCGCCCCUCAACAACGCCACACCCUCUGUGGCGGCGGGCUGGCAGGCCGCCGUGGUUGCUAAUAAUCUCGCAAGCCCACGAGGCAUCAAGUUCGAUACCGAGGGAGGCUUGCUGGUGGUGGAGCAAGAUAGAGGCAUUGUACGUCUAACUUUUAGUGGGGAGGGCGGCUGUGCAAGGAGCAAUGGUAGCGCCCAGCUCGUCAUCGAUGACCCAUCUUUAAACCAUGGAUUGGAGCUCUCCGAAGAUGGUCGCACUCUCUUUGCCUCUUCAGAGGAAUCCGUGUUGGCUUGGCAGUAUGAUCCGGCUACCGGUCGCAAUACAUCAGGUCCGCGAACUAUUGUCAAUCGAAUGACAGGUGACGGCCACACGUCUCGGACUCUUCUGCUCUCGCGCGUAACGCCAGGGCAGUUGCUCGUUAGCAGGGGUAGCCAGUCGAAUUUGGACGUUGCCGCUUUGGACAUCUCAACCGGCAUAUCCACCAUCAAGAGUUACAACUUGACCGACACAGGCAGUCCCAGUAAUAACUCUGCCUCUCCGUACAACUUUGCACAGGAUGGUGUUCUCCUGGGUUGGGGUCUUCGCAACAGCGUUGGCGUAGCGGAACACCCCAUUACGGGCGGCAUCUAUUCGGUAGAAAAUAGCGUAGACAACUUGGAUCGGAGCGGUCAAAACAUACAUCAAGAUAACCCUGGCGAGGAGAUGAACUUCCACGGAUAUCUGAAUGGGACGACUGUUCCUGAACAGGGCGAGAAUUAUGGCUAUCCCUCAUGCUUCGCUGCUUGGGAUGUCAACGAGAUCCCUGACAAUGAUGGACUUCAAGUUGGUUCGCAGUUUGCUAUUGGAAACCAGAAUGCUACCGUGAACGAUACACACUGUAGAGAAGGGACAAUUCCCCCGCGUUUGACGUUUGCGGCACACAUGGCGCCGUUAGAUAUAGUUUUCAAUACGGAAGGCACGGCGGCGUGGAUCUCAUUCCAUGGAUCUUGGAACCGGGAUGACCCCAUUGGUUACAAGCUUUCGGUAGUCGCUUUUGAUGGUGCUACUGGUACACCUCGUGCUCCAGCAAACAGCACCACUUCUUACUCUGACAUUGUGUCCAACCCUGAUCUUUCGAAAUGUCCAGAUGGGUGUUUCCGCCCUGUCGGUCUCGCGUGGGACUCUUCAGGACGACUGUUCAUGAGUAGCGACUCCACGGGCGAAAUUUACGUCGUCACCCGCGAUGAUGGCUCUUCUACGGAUUCAACAAAUGGGACAGCAGAGCCAGCAAAUCCAGACAGUUCGUCGUCGGAAGAUUCUGGAGCAUCUAUGGCAGCCGGCUCAGGUGCUGGCGUGGUAUUGUGGACGGCCUUUGUAGCGGUUACCUUGUAUUUAACGAAUAUCUGA